GUGCCAACUCUCACACGCCCUCAUCACAAGUCUUUCAUGAAAACACAAAGGAGGGGCCCAAGAAUGUGAUCGGUGAAAAAAGCUACAGGGUCUUGGAGCUAUAAAAGACCCCCAGAAACUGAAUGUCCUGCACACAGGUAGUAGCUUAAUACAGCUUGAUGAAGAUGAAGGCCAUGCAGGUGAUUUCCUUGACUCUGCUGUCUGUUCUCGCAGCCAGCGCUCAAAUCUUGAAGUUCGGCAAGUGUCCCAAGCCUGCCGUCCAGGCCAACUUCGAUGCAACCAAGUACAUUGGUAGGUGGUAUGAGAUCCAGAAGCUCCCAACAGCCUUCCAGAAGGGCGAGUGCGGCACGGCCACCUACAGCCUGAAGAGUCCCGGAGUCAUCGGGGUCCUCAACCGGGAGCUGCUGAAUGACGGAACCACUAAUUCUAUCGUCGGUUCUGCCAAGGCUAAGAACCCCGCUGAGCCUGCCAAGCUGGAGGUCUCCUUCUUUGAAACAUCGCCCCCUGGUCCCUACUGGGUGCUCUCCUCUGACUACGAGGGUCACUCUCUGGUCUAUGGCUGCACCGACUUUGGUCUGUUCCGCAUGGAGUUCUCCUGGAUCCUGAGCAGGGAGCCCACGCUGUCUGAAAAGACCAUCGAGCAGCUGCACGGCAUCCUGUCCUCCAACGGAGUCAACGUGGACAAGAUGGUCCCCACCAACCAGGACGCAGAUUAUUGUACCGCCAUGAUCCAGUAAACGGAUCUGUUAGGAUCCUGUUUUCAGCCCACAGGGAACUGUGAGACACAGGAUGACAUGGACUCGUGGCGUGGCACACUGUGUGCGGUGUGUGGUUUACUUCGCCCUGUCGAUGUUGUGCAAAGUCAAAACAAUAAACCUGUAGAAAAGAAA